GCUACUGCUGUGCAGUGUGCUUUGAAGUUUGAGGUUUGGUCAAAUCAGCGUAUUUUGGUAUUUUGUAACAAAUUCGUAAUGUUUUUGUUAUAUUUCCACAUGUUUCGUAUAGAAAAACAGUUGCAUACGGACUGAUUGCAUUAUAGAAUGGUGUCGUAAACACAAGUGUUCUGUGAAUUGAUACAUUAGUUUGCAAUUCAUGGAGUUAAAGGUCUGGGUCGAGGGAAUACAAAGGAUUGUUUGUGGGGUGACGGAGACCACGACUUGUCAGGAUGUAGUGUUUGCUUUGGCUCAUGCCACUGGCAAAGUGGGCAGAUUCACUUUGAUAGAGAGAUGGAGAAAUAAUGAACGACUUUUAGCUCCACAGGAAUUUCCACUAAAGAUCCUGAUGAAAUGGGGUGAAUACUCUAAUGAUAUACAAUUUAUAUUAAGAAGAUCUGACAACAGCAGCAAUAACCAAAAACUAGUACAACCUACCAAUAACUCUAGAUCACCUAUUGGAAAUGGGAGUCAUAACACAUCAAGUCCAAACAUAUCAGACAAGCAAAGCUCACCGAACAGGACUAACACAACCCCCACACAUAACAAUGUAAAUAACACCUCCCCCGGGAACCCUGUGGGUGUGGUAAAGGGGGUGCAGCAGGCCAAAUCCCCAGAGUCUAACAGCCCCGUGCUUAAAGAUGUCCCACCUUAUAGAGACCCACCACCGCCAUACAGGUCACCCCCACCGCCCUCAGCUUUAAGAAAGUCCCCUAACCGCACUACUCGCAGGCCUCCGCACAUGUCUCCUGUCAACCUGACGGAGAGACCAGAGGAAGAGCGCAGUCCCGAGGCUGUGAGCUACAACAGUCAAUACAGGGAACUGGUGUCACUGGUGAACUAUCAAAGGGAGAAACUGUCCAGUCAACAAGUUGAUCUAAUCAAGUAUGAUGCUGAAAUUGGCUUUUGGGAGAACAAAGGACGGGAACAAGAAAGACAAGUAGAGUUAUUACAGCAACAGAUCAGUUCUACUGAUAAUCAACUUCGUAUCAGUACUGAACAGGUGCAAGCGCUCAACUACGUGGAAGAAGAAAGCGAAAUAGCAAAACAAAAUGAAAAAACGUUAAAGUCUGAGAUAGUGUUAGUGCGAUCCAAACUCGCAAACUGCGAAACCGAGUUGCUGCAGUGUAAGAAUAAAAUCCGGAAGCUUAUGGAGGAUAUACAUAAUGAACAGCGCGUUGUUAGCAGUCGUCAACAGGAGAAUAGACAAGCACUGGAGCGUUCGAUGCUAGCAGAAGUGGAAAAUCUCCAAACUCAGAUACAGCAAGCAAAACACGCCACUGAAAUCAACCAUCUCACUGCAGAGAACCUCAAAAGAGAGGUCGGUGUCCUAGAGAAUGCCAUAAUGGAAAAGAAGCGGCAAGUAGAGCGCUUGGUUCAGGAGAUGAAGGAAGCCAAUCUGCAGAGUCUCACGGGCAGCGUGGAUGAAUUACGACAUCCACUAGAUGGUUUAUGCAAGGCAGGAAGUGCACGUAGGAUAAUAGGUUCACCGAGGCAACUAGAAAACGCAGCACCGACUAAUAAAAAUCCACACGGUGUGUGGGUGUAAGUGAAUAUAUGUAGCUGUAGCUUUAUGCCGACACAGCGAACUAUCAACAAGUGCUCUUCUCAAGAUGGCGGCUUUAGUUCCGAUUUUGGCUACGCGCCAAAAGAGCCUUGUCGGACUGUAUUCUUUGCAGUUAACCGCAUUUUAGACGGCUGCAAACCACGGCUCACGGCUGCAAGCCACAGAUUACAGUAUAUCCAAAACUCUGAACCGUUUGGCGUGAAACAAUGCUUCUGUAAAGAGAAGUUUAGAUUCUAUUACAGAUGGAUGUGCAAACAAGAGUUUAUAUAAUUUUUUUUAUUGUUUAAAUGUAUUUAAUGUGUUUGAGUGCAAAGUUUUUAAAGUAUUAAUCAGUUUUAUUUACUAUUGUGACAUUUUUAUAGGUAUUUUAUGAAAGUGAUUUGCGGUUAAGGCUUGAGGCAUAUUGGUGCAGAGUCGAUGGAAAAUAACGCGUCCUUUCUAAAAUGUUUCAAAAUAUACUGCACUUUAUCUCUAGUGCUUAUAAUUUGUGUAGCAAAAUAAUAAAACAAUGGUUGCAUGCGAGGGAAAAUAGUUCAUGAAUACAUACAUUUACACAUUGCGAAGUAAACUUAGCAGGUCCAAUGUGCCUUGAGCCUAAGAUAUAAAGAAAUGAGUUUUAAUUGAGAUUUCUUUUGCCUCACUUCCAUAAUUCCCCCUGCUUCAAUAAGUAGUAUUUCAGCUUGAAAUGAAUAAGUAGAAGAAAGCUAUUAUUAUUUGAAGAAAUUUUUUAUGUGAUAAUAAAGUUCUUAGGAAUUUACUAUAAAUAUUGCUUUUAAUAUGAUGUUUUCAUGUGUAAUCCUUGCACAGUACAAAAAUAUUUUAUGCGAACUUUCGCUAUUGAAGGUUAAAGUCUAAAUAAUAAUAAUUACAAUGUAUUGUACUGCCAUAGAUUUUGUGUGAAUGCUAUUUUAGUUAAUGUUAUUUAAUUUGCAUAAUCUGUUUUAUUAAUAAACGUGGAAACUUUCUAGCUCCACUAGCAAUAAUAUGGUGACUAAAUAAUACAGCUAAUUAAUAUGGUGACUAUAAAUCAUAAAGCUGUGACCAAUAUGGUUAUUGUGAAUCCGAAAGCUGACAAUAUGGUUAUUGUAAAUCAUAAAGCUGACCAAUAUGGUUAUUGUAAAUCAUAAAGCUGACCAAUAUGGUUAUUGUAAAUCAUAAAGCUGACCAAUAUGGUGAUUCUUAAUCAUAAAGAUGACAAAUAUAAUUUGGUGAUUGGUGAUAAAACCCAGCAAAAUGGUGACUUAUAAAAUACUUAGCUGAACAUAAAUAAAAUCUUGAUUUUGUUUUAAGAUUUAAUCAUUCAUUAGGUGGUUUCUAUGUUUAUUAGUAACGCAGAAUAUAAUUUAUGUGUAAGUUAUUAUUUAGUAGAUAAUUUAUUAGAUUUGUGUUCAAAUUAGUGUCAUAUUUAAUCUUUGUCACAAAUUAUGUUUUGUGCUUAUUUUGAAAUAUAUUAGCGCAUCUUGCCGUCUGAUUAGAUAUUGACGUGAUAUUGAAAUGAGAUAUAAUUUUAAU